UCCGGCUGAUUUAACGAAUAACCACGCCUAUCAACCCGUCACUCCAGAACAAUGCCUGAACUUAUUACAAUGCUCGAGACACCACCCUGCUUCCUGCUAACGAUACAAUUUAAUUUUUAGCACUGUGCCAGUCUUCAAAGUGCGAACAACAUUGCUAACAACAAAGUGACGUAUUUGGCGUACUGACUUACUGCCUCGUAUUAUGUUGUUUUCCCUGCUUAGUGAAAGGCGAUAUAUACCUUUCAGACCAGUACUUGAGUCAUAACUGCAAUUGUACAUGGAGGACCUUUGUGCAAAAAGUCAUAUACGAUAAAGAGCCUUCUCUGUUCUAAAAUCAUGCUAUCCACAUUUCUGCUCGGAUUGUUCUUGCUGAUGUCUGGUCAAGAGUUGGACUCAGGUGAUAAAGUGGCAGAGGUCACGGCCAUGGAGGGCUCCACUGUCAUUCUGAACUGCAGUUUUCCAGUGAAGGGCAGCACGUCAAUUUCAUUGGAGCUACUUGAUUGGCUCUUCAACAACACCACAGUGGUCCACAGGCACGAGAAGGGCGCGGAUGAUCACAAGCAUCAACAUGAGCACUUUAGGGGAAGAACAGAGUUGUUUAUGAGGGAGCUGCCAAGUGGAAACUUUUCAUUGCUUUUGAAGGAUGUCAAGCUGGAUGACACUGGACUGUACACGUGUCAGGCUUAUAUGUCUACUGAGCACUCGACAAAUAAUUGUCAACUUCAAGUCGUCAAACGUUCUGAAGCAGAGAGAACAGAAUCCCCACAAACCAUCAUGGUGAGCCAGACAAUGGAUAGUAUGGCAAGGGGGCAUAUGUACCUCAUUGUGCCAGGGCUGCUCUUUCUGUUAGUAGUGAUCCUGAUCCUGACAUGUUUCAGGCAGAAAGUACAAGAGAAAUGCACCAAACUCUAUCAAAAAUGGACUGGCCACUAGUGAGACAUCAGCAAGGAUAAAGCUAGGGUAAAGUGGAGCCUCCAACAUGCCCAAAAUGAGAUGAGAAUAAAAAAAGACAGCCAUGGUGCCGUGUUCUGAGGUAUUGUACUCUGCGCAUAGACUGGACUUCCAGCUCCGACUCUCUUGGGAAUGUGACUGGGAAAAUUGUUCAGUAAAUGGGUGAGAGUCCAGAAUCAAUGGCCUCAGACACAAAACACAAAGAUGAAAAGGAUGGCAAGAAACCCUGAAGCUGGACAAGCAGGAAAAGCUAACAGUGCACUGGAGAUGCACUCACUCGGGAUGAUCCUUACCUCUGUGGGGAGUGAAGACUGGCAGAAACGAUCACGAGGAUGUGGAGGACUGAAUUUGGAGUUGACCAGUAAUGCCAUUCAAGAUGACACCCCGGUGUUAAGCAGGCAGGCCACUGACCUCUCAUCCCUCAAGCCAUUGGCCCAAUUUUUUGUAUUACUUUUUUAGUUUUGCUCUUCGUUUUUUCUUUGUGUUGUUCUUUUUUUUAUAU